GUUAUAUUUGAAAAAAUUGAAAAAACAAACGAUGAAAAUGAUCCAUUUAUUAGCGUAGUUAGUGUAUGGUAUGAUAACGUCUGCAGUUUUAUGUAUAUUAAUCCUGAAUUUGAAAUAUCCACUAUAAUUAUUCAUAUUAAUCAUUAUAUGAUGCGUAACUAUGUAAUGACUAGUCAGUAUAAAUUCUAUUUAAAUCAACUUCAUCAAUCACCGUUAUCACAGUCCAUAUUUACUGCUAAACAGUUAUUUUAUAUAAAAACAUGUUCAUUACUUAUAAGUGCAUAUUUAUAUACAAAAACUCAAGAUUUUCCUUAUACUCUUGAAGAAUUAAUUCAGCAUUUUGGUGCUGAUAUCACACAAAUAAUCAUUCUUCAUACCUAUACUAUAGAAUCAUGGAACGCAGAGUUACUGAGUUGUAUUACAAGUCUUAGUGCCCUUUUUUCUACUUGUUAUUGGUGGGGAGGAGAGAAAGAAUCACAAGCCAAAAUAGUUUUUCCAACUGAAUCAGCAACCUGUGAAUAUAUCGAUGCACUCAUUCGUAUAAUUGACUAUAAGCCGAUUUCUCAAUCUAUUGAGAUAAAACGAACAAAUGAUCUAACGAUUCUUUUAGAGAUAACUUUAUUUCGAAUACUAAAUAUAGCACAAAAUGGCAAUUUUCUUUGGUUUCUACGUUCAAAGACUUCGCUACCCGAUACACUUUUAACCAUUGCUAAAACAUCACCUUGUGAUAAAAUACGCCUAUCUAUAUAUGCAAUACUUGGUGAAAUUCUAUGUGAUAAAAGUUUGAAAGAGUUGGAAAUAUCCGAUAGUGCCAGUAGUUUUUUCUUUAAUGCAUUUGAACAAGCAUGGGAACGUCCAUCAAAAAAGUUUCAACAAGUACCAUUAUUGCUUCUACUAAAAUGUUUGAUGAAUUUUUCUAAAAUCGAUGCUUUUCAACAGCAAAUAGCUAAUACAAAUAAAGUAUUACUUUUGAUUGAAAUGUGUGAUCAAUAUCCAAUAGUAUAUGAUAUUCUAUGGGCACUCUCAUUCAAUCAUGAUAUUCAACAACAACUUCAUUCAAAUACAUCAUUUAUAACAAAAUUAACUCAUCUACCGAAAGAAUAUGAUAAUCAAAUACGAAAAAGUGCACAUGGAAUAUUAUGGAACUUAAAAAUAAGCCAUGAAGAUCGUACAACAUUAGCAGUUAGUAAUGAAAAAACUUUUGACAUUAUGAUUAGUUAUUCACAUAAAAAUGAAACCAUUUGUAAACAAAUUUAUAAUGAACUUAUCAAUAGUGGUUAUCGUGUAUGGAUUGAUUUUGAUCAAAUACAUGGUAAUGUUAUGGAUGCAAUGGCAGAAGCUAUUGAACAAUCAAAUACAGUUCUAAUUUGUAUGAGUGAAGAAUAUCGAAGAAGUAGUUAUUGUCGAGCAGAAGCAAAUUAUGCGUUUCAACGUCAAACUAGAAUUGUUCCUGUUCUUUUACAACAACACUAUAGACCUGAUGGUUGGUUAUUAUUUCUUGUUGGUCAAUUACUUUAUAUAGAUUUUACCAAAUAUGAGUUUUCACAAGCGAUCAAUAUGUUAAUCAAAGAGUUGAAAGCUCCAGUCAUCAGUGGUAUAUGUUCUGUAAAUUUUCAUCCGGAAGAAGUUAAUACCAUCAUUCUUACUACACCUACAUCACCAGAAACAUCCUCUGCGUUGAUAAUUCCGAAAAAUAUACUUGAUUGGAAUCAAACACAUGUGCAUGAUUGGUUAAUUAGUCAUGGUUUAUUGCAAAUGUCUCGUUUAUUUGCUAAUUUUAAUGGUCGAAGUUUGAUGUAUAUGAGUGAAGCCAUAGAAAAUGUUGAGUUUCAACAAGUUGUAUCUCUAUUACAAGAUGACUCUCGUCGACAAACAAGUCAAAGUUUAUCAUUAGUUGAAUUAUCUCAUUUUCGAUCUCUAUUGUAUCAACAAAAACAAUCUUCGGUAUCGACCAUCGUUGCCGAACCUACAAAACUGAAAGUUGAGGAAUUAGAAAGAAAAUCUUUUUUUUAUUGUCAAAUAGUUUAA